CAAGUACCGGCAGUUCGACUCGCUCUGAAGCAAUCUUCAGACGAAAACGAAACUACGAAAAUAGACUGUGUGAUUAUGUAUACACUUGUUUCUGGCCCUUUUCAGCUCUACUUCUUGACCACUUUUUGAUCAAGUUUUGGUUGCUAAGCAUAGCCGGUCCUUUUGCAUAUUUGUUAACGUGUACUUCCUCGCCCGAUGCAAAACUAUAAAAUUCGCUACUGGACGCCAGUUCAUCGUUCCCUGCACGCCAUCUUGCAACCUGCAAUCCGCACCGACUGGCGUCGAUUCGCAUUCCCGCGGACGUGAGAAGGCCGACCUACAUUCAACUGAACGUUGCCCAUCUCCGAGCGGCGUGCAAUGAAGUAGCGCCCAGGCAGAAGCACAAGCGUCGAGUUAUUGCAUAAUCUCCUGUCCUAUUCACACGCCGACGCGCGAUCUGAGCCAUCAUACAUUUUCAGCAUGAUACCUUUUAUACAUACUCCCUUUGCCUACUUGGGCAGCAAGAUCGGGACCAGCCCGGAUGAGCUCAAGCUCAUCUUUUCCUUCUUUUUGUCCUACCCACUUGCUGGCCUACUGAAGAGGAUACCGGAUAACCGCCCUCAUCUCAAAAACUUCUUUUGUCUAAGCAUCGGCGUCUUUUACCUCGUCGGCCUCUUCGACCUAUGGGUCGGCCUCCGAACUGUCCUAAUCUCCUCCAUUGGCGUGUACUCGAUCGCAAAGUUCCUCCGGGGCUCCCCUUACAUGCCAUGGAUCGGCUUCGUCUUCCUCAUGGGCCACAUGAGCAUCAACCACAUUAUGCGCCAACGCCUCAAUGACCCGAGCACGAUCGAUAUCACAGGAGCGCAGAUGGUGCUCGUCAUGAAGCUCAGCGCUUUCUGCUGGAACGUGGCUGACGGUGUUCUCCCCGAAGAUCACCUCUCCGACUUUCAAAAGGACAGACGGCUCAAGGAGUUGCCGUCCCUGCUGGACUACUUUGGAUAUGUUUUCUUCUUCCCCAGUCUCAUGAUUGGGCCCGCCUUCGACUUCGCCGAGUACCGCCGAUGGCUCGACACCACCAUGUUCGACAUUCCCAAGUCUGUCGAUCCUGCCAAGAAGCCUCCCACCAGACGCAAGCGCAAGAUCCCCCGCAGCGGUACUCCAGCCAUGAUCAAGCUCGUUACCGGUUUCUCUUGGCUCCUGCUCUUCAUCUGGCUCUCUACCUGGUUCUCGCCCGAGUCUCUCCUCGGAGACAGCUUCGUGAGCCACAACUUCCUCGUCCGCCUUCUCUUCCUGCACAUGGUUGGUAUCACGGCGCGCGCCAAGUACUAUGGUGUCUGGAUGAUGACGGAAGGCGCAUGCAUUCUUAGCGGCUUGGGCUUCAACGGCGUUGAUCCUGCCACGGGCAAGGUUUCUUGGGAUAGGCUCCAGAACAUCCGUCCGAUGGGCAUGGAGACUGCGCAAAACACCAAGGCGUACCUCGAUAACUGGAACAUCAACACCAGCAAGUGGCUGCGCAACUACGUCUACCUGCGCGUCACUCCCCGUGGCAAGAAACCUGGUUUUGGCGCCACUUUGGCUACAUUUACCACCAGCGCUUUCUGGCACGGGUUCUAUCCUGGCUACUACCUGUCCUUUGUCCUGGCGAGCUUCAUCCAGGCUGCUGCGAAGAACGUCCGCCGCAACAUCCGCCCCUUCUUUCUCGAUCCCAAGACCCAAGCGCCCCUUCCCUCCAAAAAGUGGUACGAUCUUGCCUCCUGGCUCACCACCCAGCUCACCUUCAACUUCGCCGUCUGCCCCUUCUUGGUUCUCGGCUUCCACGAAUCCAUCACUGCCUGGUCGCGCGUCUACUUCUACGCCAUCAUCCACACCGCCGUUGCCCUGGCCUUCUUCUCCAGCCCAGGAAAGAAGUGGCUGCGCAAGUCUCUGGAGAAGAGGAACGCCAAGGCAGGCGUUGUUACCCCUGCUUCUUCUUCUUCUUCUUCUAGUGGACGCGGCCGUGGCCGCAGCAGCAUCAGCGACGAGAAGACGAGCAGUACUACCGCGCAGGGUGCCAUGGAGACGACGGCUUUGCUUGGCGAGAACCUGAACCAGCAGCCGUCCAGCAGGGCGGAGAGCACGGAUAGCCAGUCGAGGAGCCCGAUGCUGGGUAUCAGUGGUGAUCCCCAGGGGGAGCUAGAUGAGGCGCUGGAGGAGUUCAAGAAGGAGAUGGAGAGCAGAGUUGGUGGUGGCGCGUUUAGUGCGACGGGCUUAAGGGAUUCGUUGAGGGGGGAGGCUAGGAAGAGAGCCGGGUGAUUGAUUGAUUCAUUGAUAAAUUAAGAUGGUGGGUAAGAAGUGGCAUUUUUAUCGGAAAGGGGGGGAUGCUAUAGGAGGUGGGAUCUGGUGAGACACAUUUCCCAGAGGGGUUGCUGAUGUUAAGGAGAUACUGCGUUUGGAGUCUGGGGGAGUGGGCGCGAGAGUGAGCAAAACGAAUCUUUUUUUGCACUGCAUCGCGUCAGGAGUAAGAAGAGGAAGCGAGGCCUCUGUUGCUUGCAUCAUGAUGUUUGCCCUAUAAUUCCGGUACAAAGAUAUUUCCAUGCCAAUAGCACAUAAUCUACCAUCCAUGUACUCUCCCC